AUGUGCUCCAAGCCCUGCAAAGGAAGAUAUUUCCCUACCUGCUUGUACCUAGUUACAGUGGCUAGUCUUGUUGUUGGGAGCAAUGCAGCAUAUGGGGAGCUGACCUCCACGGAUGAAGCUCAUCCACUAGGCUUGAGCCAGGUCUCGGAUUUUUAUUCUUUAGGGAAAAGCGGAGAGACAUACCCCAUCCAAGAGGUCUCAGAUAGUCCUCUACAUAUACCUGAAGGUCAUCCAUCUCGCUACUCAGAAGGUCGUCUUCCUUUCCCUGCGAGCAUUAAGAGCGUGCCGGUGCGGGAGGGUAUGGUGGAGGAGCAAGCAAGCCCCCAGAGACCUCCUGAAGAUGGUGCCCGGUCCAUGGUGAUCGCGGAAGCGUACGUCGUGAGGCCUAUGACAGAGAGGCAACUCAAGCCGCCUGACAAGGCAUUUUGGAUUCAGAAGCUGUUGAUUUUGGGCCUCAUCAUAUGUUGGAUCUUCAUAGCUCACCGUGCAGUCGCCGAAGGCGUUUCUGAUGGUUUGGGUCGUGCAUUUUUGGCUGUUUGGACCGUAAGUCUGUUAAUGUCCAUUUUCAGGAGAACGCCAGAGCACUCUCAUCUCAUUAUUGCAACUCCCGGCAUGGAUGACGCAAGGCAUGCUGCCGUGAGUGCAAAGUCGAGGGAGUUUAGCCUGAGCAGAAUCUUUGCCAACGCGUUAAGUGCGAUCCUUGCGCUGAUGCUUAUAGUCAUAUUUGGACCAUUGAUCCUACUCAUUACGGGGAUUUUGUUAGCAGCGAUGCUCGCUGCUGUUUUUGCCAUAGCUCUGUGCCUCGCGCGGUAA